AUGAGGGUGUCAAAGGGCAUGAGGUUUGGAUAUAUUGGGCUUGCCCUUUCCAGCUUUGCGUCGUACUCGGCAGCGCAACUGGGAACGACUCUUUCCGACUCUUGCUACCUGACGACGACAGUGAUAUAUGGCAACAUUUCUUCGUCGGCGUCGGCAUCAGCAUCGUAUGCCAGCCCUUCCAGUCGCUCGCCCGGAAUUUAUUCAAGCAGUCUGUCAUCAACGACGAGCUUUGAAGUCAGUACACCGGCGACAUCCUUGGCUGUGUCCUCGACCAGGGGCAAUGGCUUCACAACAACUGGCCUUCCGACACCGACUUCUAGUCCCUUCAUUGUCACAGUCAGAGCGUCUGGCAGCAGACUACGCAGACGCGCAACUGAGUAUCUGACAUUCGCCGACGGGGAGGCGUAUCUGACCCUUGACCAGGAUGAAGCCGCAAUCUGUCGGCUUACGUCCGACGGUCUACUGAUGGAUGAUGGAGGAAAUGUCGGAACAAGCACAUUUACGAACGUACAGCCACUCUUGCAGAACGUGGCAGUUGAGCCUGAUGAACAGCGAUGGAGCUUCCAAGGCGGAACACUGAUAUUCGGGGAUUCGACUUUCUAUGCACUUCCAACUGGCAAGAUUGUUGUUGCUUUUGGAGACAGUAUGCCUCCUACAGAAGCCGUGAGGGUGUCGAUGGCAAUGGACUUCCUAACUGGUCCUACCUCGACUAGUUUCAUGUCGACUGAAUCCGGUCAAAGCACAGAGCCAACAACUUCAACUCCGCCGCCCUCGACGAUGACAACUACUUCGACAAGUGUGAAGUCGACGGACGUCAUGAGUACCAUGCAGGAGUCGACGACGGCUGGCAGUCCGAACACCAUUGUUGCUACAUCGAGCUUAGACAUCUCGAUUUCAAUGCAGGGCACGACCAGCAGCUUCUCUCCGCCGUCGACAUUGGGGCACACCAUCACGACUCAGCUGCCUCAGACCUCACUUGCGAUGUCGAACAGUGUUAUGAGUGUCUCUUCGUCGACGAGAAGCACCACAACAAGUCGGACUGUCCAGAAUUCGAUGCCACCGUCGCCUACUUAUUCGACCUCGGCGCACAGCACAAGUAGCACUGCAUUCGUGGGUCCAUCGAUUUCUACGGCAUCGAUGAUGUCUUCGUCGAAUGUUGGAUCCCCUUCUGCCUCAUUCGCUUCAAUAUUGUCAAGUCCGGUCAAGCCGUCGUUUAGUUCACAUAUUUCAAGCACUUCCCCUUCGUCGUCAUCGUCGCUCUCGAGCACACCGAGCACUCAGCCACUCUCGUCCAGCAAUUCCCCAGGCCCGACCAGCGGCACUUCCACUUCAACUACGGCCGCAACAACGACGACGACGACGACUGCUCGCGCAUCAACAACCAGCACACGCUCCAGUACCACCUCGACGAGCACGAGCACGAGCACGAGCAGCCGCACGUCGUCUACCUCCUCAGCAUCCUCAUCGCCAACAUCCUACCCAUCGUCCAAACGCGGCCUCGCCUACACCAACGUCACGACGCUGACCUACUACCCUCCCCCAUCUCCCUACAUAUCCUGGUCAUACGACUACUAUUCUCUGCCCAACGCCUCGGACAACAUCGGCCCCUACCCGUCAUCGCAGUACCGCUUCAUCCCGCUUCUGUACAACGACGCGGCGAGCCUCACAUCCAUUUGGCCGGCGAACGUCAACUACAGCAUCUCGCAUUAUGGGAGCGACGCGAUUUUCGGCUUCAACGAGCCCGACGCUUGCUAUAGCGGGCAGUCGGCGUGCAUGAAUCUGUCACUCGUGCUUGCGGGCUAUCAGAACUACAUGCAGCCGUUCGCGGGCCGCGUGAGGAUCGGCGCACCCGCCGUCACGAAUUCAGGUGCUCCGGGAGGGUUGACGUAUUUGGGGUAUUUUCUGGGAAAUGCCACUGCGACUGGCCCUGUGGGCAAAAAUUUGACCGUCGACUUUAUCAAUCUGCACUGGUACUCGAGUCCGUAUGCUAUCCAGUACUUUAUGGACUAUAUCACCGAGGCGUACCAACAGACCGGAGGCGGGAGGUGGCCCGUCUGGGUGACCGAGUUCGGCAUGGACAGGCCGGACUAUGACCAGGCGACCGUGGUGCAGUUCAUGAAGAACGCCACGCGCUGGAUGGAUCAGCAGAGUUGGAUAGAGAGGUAUGCUUGGUUCGGCAAUUUCAACAGCGAUAGUGGGAAGACGGAUAUGUUGUUGAAUGCUGAUGGGAGUGGACGGGGCCCGCUGGGGAAUGUCUGGUAUUCUUAUAAUGGUACAGCGUAA